GAAGAGGUCUCUUCAUGCUUUGUCACAGACCAAAAAGAACGGAUCCACUAGGCCAUGAUAGACGUCCUCAUUCAGUGGUUUUCCGAACACGAUACUAAGCCUCAAGGUGUCGCGUGAGUUAUGACAGCUUCCGCCGACAAGACACGUCCCAGCGACGUACCAUACGCCCAGCUGGUGACGCCGCGAUCUCGCAAUUCGACUAGUGAGCCGGGCGUCGUUUUAGUCAAAGACGCGACUAGCGAUACGAAGUAUCCGCAAGCGACGUUGCCCACCUUAUCCUUCCUGGAUCUCUACCGCUUCGCGGCGCUCCCCGACCGCAUCCUACUCGUGCUUGGGGUGACCAUGGCAGCAAUCAACGGUGCUAUUUUCCCUUGCAUCGCUUUGGUGUUCGGCAAAGCUAUUGGCGCAUUUGCUCAAGCAGACGGUGGAGUUGAUAGCGACAAACUGAACAGUGCAUCACUCGACUACUUUCUCAUUGCUAUUGGGCUAUUCAUGACGGACUACUUUGCGUACCUGCUCUUCUCUCUAUCGGCCGAGCGUCAGAUGAAGGCUCUUCGUGCACAUGCCCUGCAACACAUGCUGUAUAUGGACAUCUCGUGGUAUGAUCUUCAUGACCCGCUGCAACUUUCGAGUCGUAUCACCGGUGAUACGGUCAAGAUCAAGGACGGAAUGGGGCAAAAACUGGGUGAUGGAGUCAAAUAUGUAUGCCAGUUUGUGACGGGCUACAUCAUCGGUCUGGCACGUGGCUGGGACAUUGCACUGAUCAUGACGUGUAUCAUGCCCGUUAUGGGGUGGUCGAUGACUUAUGUGAUGAAGAGAUGGAGGUCGAGAGCGACGUACGCGCAGCAAGUCUAUGCCGAGGCGGGGGCUGUAGCAGAGGAAACUCUGGGCUCCAUGCGGACUGUCAGCUCGCUAACAGCUGAGAAACGCGCACUUGCCAAGUAUAACAAACAUACUGCUGAAGUUGAGCAAGGAAAUAUCAAGCAGAGCAGAAUACUUUCCCUUAUGUUGGGCUUGUUCCGUGGCUGUGACUGGUUAAUGUACGCCGCUGGGCUGUGGUACGGAGGCUCCAAAGUGUGGAAAGGAGAGGCGUCUCCUCAACGAGUCUUUCAAUCGCUCAUGGGCAUCCUCAUGGGAAUGCGUGCACUUGGUUUGAUAACUCCAAACCUUACUGCUGUUAUCGAGGCGAACGGCGCUGCAGUGGCACUUUACGAGCUGUUGGACACGCAAUCGCAAAUCGAUGCGUCUCACGAAGACCAAGGUAUUAUUCCGGGCUCAAGUUCUGGUCGGAUCGAGGUCAGGAAUGUUAACUUUGCCUACCCAAGUCGGCCAGAUGCUCCAAUUUUGCGAGAUUACAGUGUUACAAUUGAAAGCGGUCAAACGGUUGCGUUUGUUGGUGCAAGUGGUGGCGGUAAAAGCACUAUCAUCGCGCUCCUGGAGAGGUUUUAUGAUCCUACGAGCGGUUCUAUUCUGCUUGACGGACGUGAUUUGCGAACACUAAACGUAAAGUGGCUGCGUUCGCAGAUUGGACUAGUGUCGCAGGAGCCCGUGCUGUUUGCAACUACUAUUGGAGAGAACAUUUCUGCGAGUCGGACGGACUUCACUCGUGACGACAUCACCGCAGCAGCUAAGAUGGCUAACGCGCACACCUUUAUCAUGUCAUUACCCCAGAACUAUGAUACCAUGGUAGGAGAGAAAGGCGUAUCGCUCUCUGGAGGACAGAAGCAGCGCGUGGCAAUCGGACGUGCAAUUAUCCGAGAACCAAAGAUUUUGGUGCUGGAUGAGGCCACAAGUGCGCUAGACGCCGAGAGCGAGAGAGUGGUGCAACAAGCUUUGAACGAAUUGAUGGCAGAAACGAAUAUGACGACCUUGGCGAUAGCCCAUCGCCUUAGUACGAUCCGCCAUGCUGAUAAAAUUGUCGUAUUAGCUGACGGUCAUGUUGUCGAAGAAGGCCCUCAUGACGAGCUAGUAGAACUCGAGCAUGGACUAUAUCGCAGCUUGUACACGAUUCAAGAAACAAAGGCUCAAGAAGAAGCUGAAGGUGCUGCAUUGGCUCUAACUGAGGCUGAGCGAAGCAAGGAGGCGGAUGGGUAUUUGACUCGACAGGAGAGUAGUCGCUCUAUGAGAAGCGAUGGAUCGAGAACAAGCGCGCGUACCAGUAGUGUUGGCUUGAUCGAUUCCGUGUCGGAGAACGAGAUUUCACACAAAUUUACUGUGUGGGAUGCUAAUGCGCUUAGUAGACCUGAACGUGGAUAUUUCAUCAUGGGAAUGAUCGGGUCGGCAAUCAACGGUGCUUCGUUUCCUGCCUCUGCUGUCCUAAUAAGUCAAUUAGUAGCGAUCAUGACGCUGGAUUAUGCCAAGUAUGAGGAAUACGAAGACUUGUCAUAUCUGUCAAGCCUGCCUCACAAGGUGGCCGUGUAUGGUAGUCUUUACAUAGCUGGAAGUGUGGUCAUUUGGAUCGGUCGAGGUUGUCAAAGCUAUGGAUUUCAGUACAUGGCGGAGAAGCUGACUGCACGACUUCGAGGAAUUCAUUUCUCUUCACUAUGCAGACAAAAUAUUGCUUUCUUUGACGAGAAGGAGCACGCAACCGGAGCUCUCACAGCUGACCUAGCGACGGAUGCUCUGCGCGUUGCAGUGAUAUCUGGAGAAUCUCAAGGCCGCCUUUUCCAAGCCAUAUUUACGACAGCAGCGGCUCAUUUAAUCUCGUUUCUGGCAGGGAGUUGGCUACUCACGCUCGUGAUGCUUGCCAUCAUCCCAUUCUUGGUCCUUGGUAACGUGUUUCGCUCGACCAACAGACGUGGGAGCAGUAUUCUAGCCGACGAUAUGGCUGAGGUCGGAGCACAUGCUUCGGAAGUCCUAGGUAACAUUCGAACAAUUGUGUCGCUUGGGCUGGAAAAGGCUUCAUGUGAGAGGUUUUCGGCACUGCUUGAUGAGCCUAUGAAAAGCGGCGAGCGGGAUGCACAGAUAAACGGUCUGGCUAUUGGCUUCAGCUCUUUCAUCAUCUUUGCAACGUACUCAUUUGUAUUCUGGUACGGCGGCAAACUGGUGAAUGACGGAUCGAUUACCUUUUUGCAAUUGAUGCGUUCACUGAUGGCCAUUAUCAUGUCGUCUCAAACGGUGGGGGCCUCGGUGGGGUAUAUUGCAGACGCAGAAAGCGCAUUUGAGGCAGGGAAUGUUAUCCUCUCUCUUCGAGACCGCAAGCCGCCAAUUGAUUCCUUCCAAGAGGGCGGACUGCGACCAGCUAGUGUCUUAGGCAAGAUUGAGUUUAAGGAUGUCUUGUUUCGCUACCCGACCAGACCCGAGGUGACUGUGCUGAGGAAUAACAAUCUCACCAUCGAGCAUAGAGACUGUGGCAUUUUGCGGUCCGAGCGGUGGUGGUAAGAGCACGUGUGUUGCGCUGUUGGAGCGGUUCUACGAUCCUAUUCGCGGACAGAACAAAAUCAAUCCCCCGUCGUUUCACCAUUGUGAGGACGCAAAAACACACAUCGUGGCUGCUACGUCAAAAGAGUUUCAGCGAAGCUUCUUUUCGGGCAGGCGAUACAUUGCGGGUUCAUGACUGUCCCACUGGCCAUGCCAGGGCGAAAUAUAUCAGAGAAUACUGUUGGGUCAACCAACACGCGACUACCAAUACCUGAACACGUCGUUCAAGCAUACUAGUAAACGGCCCAGUCUUUUGGUUGUUAUGACCUCGGCAUUAUCUAUUGAUGAAGUCCGUGUGGAAUCACCCAAUUCGGUUAGAUGUUUAAGCACAAAGUUACUGUAUUCUUACUUUCAACCUCCC